AUGGAAAAAGAUAUCUCAUCCAAGGAAGUGCUUCUGGAGCUUGCAGUGGAUGCUAGACUAGACAAGGCCGAAGUGGAUGAGUGGCUUGAUUCGGAUCUAGCAGGAGAUGUUGUAGAUGAGCAUUCUCGAAAUAACAAGGAGCAGCCAGGCAAUACUGGUGUCCCACGGUAUGUCAUCCAGGAAAUGCACCGUUUGGAUGGGGCGGAGGAUCCACCUGAGUUCCUCGAAGUGUUUGCCAAGAUCAAGGAAGACGAAUGGCAAGUUACAACAUAG